AUGUUCGCCCCAACCGUCCUCACUCUCCUUGCCCUCGCAACUGGCAUAACAGCAACCCUCGACCCAGCAACCUCCCAUUCAAACGCUACCUACCCCGCCGCCCCAGCCUGCAAACCCGCAAAAACAAGCAAAGCAAUCCAAGCCGCAGAAUGCAGCCACAACACGCGUCUGGGCAAGCAAACCUUUGCCGUCUUCACCAUCGACCACCAAUACGACAAAUCCCACGGAGCCCCUUACGGCACCUGCGAAGCCUACAACUGCGCUCCGGGAUCCAAGAUGGCUAGCCGUAAAGAUACGUUUACGUUUUUCUGGAACGCAGCUGGUGUGCAAGGAGAGGGCGAGGGCGAAGGAAUGGGAUGUAUCCGGAGUCCCGUUGAUGGUACGUGUGGGUGCGAGAAUAGUAGUGAUGGCAAGUUUGUGUAUGGGGGUACGAAUUGUAAAUAG